GCCUUAAGGAAAGCCCCCAUAUUCUCUCGUUGACCGGUGACAGAUCAUUUUUUCAUCGACAAUGGCGAAGAUCGCAUUAGGAACCUGCCGGGAGGUGGUUCAGCCGGACUGUCUCCAAGCCCUUAUUGUUGAGUUUAUCUGCACAUUCCUCUUCGUGUUUCCCGGAGUCGGAGCAGCCAUGGCCGCCGAUAAGCUUACUGGAAGUGCACUGUCGGGACUAUUUUUUGUGGCCAUGGCACAUGCACUGGUUGUGGCGGUGAUGGUAUCGGCCGGUUUCCGAAUUUCCGGUGGUCAUAUUAAUCCGGCUGUCACGCUUUCCCUCUGCGUCGGUGGUCACAUCACUGUUUUCCGAUCAAUCCUGUACUGGGUUGAUCAGUGCUUAGCUUCUGUAGCUGCUUGUGCUCUGUUGAAUUAUCUUACUGGAGGAUUGACAACACCAGUACACACACUUGCAAGUGGAAUAGGCUCCUUACAGGGUGUGAUAAUGGAAGUUGUUCUUACAUUCUCUCUCUUGUUCACUGUCUACGCUACUAUUGUGGACCCCAAGAAGGGCUCUCUUGAUGGGCUUGGCCCACUACUAGUUGGAUUAGUUGUUGGGGCCAACAUCAUGGCUGGUGGUGCUUUCUCGGGAGCUUCAAUGAACCCGGCAAGGUCUUUUGGGCCUGCGUUGGUGAGCGGAGACUGGACAGAUCAUUGGGUUUAUUGGGUUGGGCCACUCAUCGGGGGUGCGCUUGCAGGACUUGUAUAUGAGAACUUCUUCGUUGUUAGAUCUCAUGUGCCUCUUAGAGGAGAGGAAGAAGCUUUCUAGAUAUCCAAUGUGGCAAGUGAUUUUAUGUGCUUUCUCUAAACUUUGUGUUAUAAGCAUGUGUGUUUAUUGUAUUUCUUGUUCAUCCUUUUGUAACUUUAUCAAUAACGUUUUGGUGAUUUAAGGAUC